ACACGCGCGCGGGGGCAGUUGCGAAUUGCGAUGGGUCUCCUUGGUUCCGGCGUCGCGCUGCUCGUGCUCCUCGGCGUCUGCGCCGCCGCCGUCUCGUGCUCGACGCCGCCGCCUCAUGAUCUGCCGCCGCCGGAGAUGCUGCACGAGAGCUUCGCGGGGAAGUCGGAGUUCAGGACGGUGAACCGGAAGCUGCUGGGCUCGUGCCUGAACCCGAGCCCGUACCUGGCGAUCAGCAUCAGCACCGGCGGGGCGCCGCUUCCCGACGAGGCGUUCCUCAGCGUUACCGUCUCCGGCGUCCUCAGGCCCGACGGCGACGACUGGGUCGCCAUGAUCACGCCUUCCAACUCCAGCGUGUCCGGGUGCCCUUUCGGCGGCAUGAACUACGUCCAGACCGGUGAUCUAGCGCAUCUCCCGCUCCUGUGCCACUAUCCUGUCAAGGCCCAGCACCUGACGCGCGACCCCGGCUACCUGGGCUGCAAGAACGCGGCGUGCCAGAAGCGCCGCGGCGCGUCGGGCGCCUGCCGUGUCCGCACCUGCGCCGCCACGCUCACCUUCCACGUCGUCAACUUCCGCACCGAUGUCGAGUUCGUGCUCUUCUCCGGCGGCUUCCGGACGCCGUGCGUCCUCAAGCGCUCCGGCCCGCUCCGCUUCGCCAACCCCGCCAGGCCGCUCUACGGCCACCUCUCCAGCACCGACUCCGUGGCCACCUCGAUGAGGCUUACGUGGGUGAGCGGCGACGGGAGGCCGCAGCAGGUCCAGUACGGAGCCGGCAAGUCCGCUGCUUCUCAAGUCGCGACGUUCGCGCAGAAGGAUAUGUGCAGUAUCCCAGGGUUAGCAAGCCCCGCCAAGGAUUUUGGGUGGCAUGACCCUGGCUACAUCCACUCGGCUGUCAUGACCGGGCUCCAGCCUUCUCAGUCCUACACCUACCGUUACGGAAGUGAUUCUGUGGGUUGGAGUGACACAAACAAAUUUAGAACUCCACCAGCUGGGGGUUCAGAUGAGACAUCCUUUGUGAUCUAUGGUGAUAUGGGGAAGGCUCCGCUGGACUCAUCAGUGGAACACUACAUUCAGCCUGGAUCAAUUUCUGUGACCAAGGCAGUGGCUAAAGAAAUCGAAACGGGAAAGGUCGAUUCGAUCUUCCAUAUAGGCGACAUCAGCUAUGCUACAGGCUUUCUGGUUGAAUGGGACUUCUUCCUUCACCUCAUCAAGCCACUUGCUUCUCAAGUUUCGUACAUGACCGCUAUUGGUAAUCACGAAAGGGAUUAUGCACAAUCUGGAUCUGUGUAUGGGACCCCAGAUUCAGGUGGCGAAUGUGGAGUUGCAUAUGAGUCCUACUUCCGCAUGCCUGUUGUCAGUAAGGAUAAGCCAUGGUAUUCAAUUGAACAAGGGAGUGUUCACUUUGUUGUGAUGUCGACUGAGCAUGACUGGUCAGAGAAGUCGGAGCAGUACAAAUGGAUGAACCAAGAUUUGUCAUCAGUCAAUAGAUCGAGGACACCAUGGGUGAUUUUCAUUGGACACAGACCAAUGUAUUCCUCCUAUAUCGGUAUACCAGUUAAUGUGGAUCUAAGCUUUGUAACCUCUGUGGAGCCACUAUUGCUCAAAUACCAGGUGGAUUUGGUUUUCUUCGGCCACGUACACAACUACGAGAGGACUUGUGCAGUAUAUAAGAACAAUUGCAAAGGCAUGCCAAAGAAGGAUGCAAGUGGAAUUGAUACUUAUGACAACAGCAACUAUACCGCACCAGUUCAUGCCAUUGUUGGAGCAGGAGGUUUCAACUUGGACAAAUUCCCUAAGAUUGUGUUGAACAAGUGGAGCUCAUCAAGGGUUUCGGAGUUCGGGUAUGCCAGGGUGCAUGCUACAAGAACUGAUGUUUUGGUUCAGUUCGUAAACUCAGGUACGAUGGAGGUACGGGACCAGUUUAGAAUUGUGAAGCGUGCUCCCGCGAGGAAGCUACAGACUGUGACCAUUCAAGAGUAGCUGCAGCUCAUGAAAAGAAGCUAAAACUGAGGCUACAACCCUUUUUUUUUAUUAUGCCACAAAGUGGUGCUGAAUUAUACAUCAGCGCACAGCGUGUAUAUUCUAUGGUUUGAGGGUGUAUAUGGUUUGACAUCCUUGUUGCCUUCCGUGCCAUUUUAUAGCAACAAGCUUCUGAACUCUGAAGGUUUCUUGUACA